AUGGCCAAAACAAACGCUGUUGGAAUCGAUCUUGGAACGACCUACUCGUGUGUCGGAGUCUUCAUACACGGCAAAGUGGAAAUCAUUGCCAAUGAUCAAGGAAACCGAACAACCCCUUCGUAUGUGGCCUUUGCUGAGUCGGAGCGUCUGGUCGGUGAUGCCGCUAAAAAUCAAGUGGCAAUGAAUCCACACAACAUUGUUUUUGAUGCAAAACGUCUCAUCGGUCGCAAGUUCGACGACCCAGUUGUUCAAUCGGAUAUGAAGCACUGGCCCUUCAAAGUCGUCUCAGGCGAAGGCGGAAAGCCAAGGAUUGAGGUCGAGUACAAAGGAGAGAACAAGACGUUCACACCUGAGGAGAUCUCGUCAAUGGUGCUCAGCAAGAUGAAGGAAACCGCCGAAGCCUUCCUGGGACAGACGGUCAAGGAUGCCGUCGUCACCGUCCCAGCUUACUUCAAUGACUCUCUACGACAGGUUACCAAGGAUGCCGCUGCCAUAGCUGGACUGAAAGUGCUCCGAAUCAUCAAUGAGCCUACUGCGGCCGCUAUCGCUUAUGGAUUGAACGAGAAGAGCGCUGGCCCGCGAAAUGUUCUUAUUUUUGAUCUUGGAGGCGGUACCUUUGAUGUGUCCCUCUUUACCAUUGAAGACGGAAUCUAUGAAUUGAAGUCUACUGCUGGAGACGCUCAUCUUGGAGGAGGGGACUUUGACAACCGAAUGGUGGAUCACUUCAUCGGCGAGUUCACGCGGAAACACAAGAAGGACUUGUCAUCAAACCCAACAGCUCUCCGUCGUCUCCGAACUGCGUGUGAGCGAGCAAAGAAAACCCUCUCUUCGUCGUCCCAAGCUUCGAUCGAGAUUGACUCGCUUUUCGAGGGAAUUGACUUCUACACCAACAUCACUCGUGCCCGCUUUGAAGAGCUCUGCGCUGACCUUUUCCUUUCUACCAUGGAUUCUGUUGAGAAGGAGCUGCUCUCCGACUUCUUCUCUGGCAAGGAACUCGAGAAAUCGAUCAAUCCCGAUGAGGCUGUUGCUUAUGGAGCUGCUGUUCAGGCUGAUUAUUGGUCUAGCGUUGUUGACAUUCCCUAUUCGAGAUAUGGGGACCUGAAUGCAGACAAACUGUUGGAGAUUGGUCGUGCUUACGGAAUUGAGCAGUAUAGCUCCGGUGUGCUGUUGGGUGAAUCCCCCGAAGUUCAUCUGAGCAGCCCGGUCGAGGAUUUGAUCAAAUUACCCAGGCUUGGGCUAGUCGACGAGUACGACAAGAUGUUCCCGUUGAUGGGUCUAAUCGCUUUCCCGAUCACUCUUCUCUACGAAGAGAUCGUCUUCACAAAUUAUGAAGGUCUCAACAAAGAAGAAAGUGUCGAAAAUUUUCGUCAAAAGAUUCUUGCUAAUUUCGAUGAAGCCGAGCGCUGUGUGAGGAGAUUCUAUCUU